CCCACUCUCAUCCUCUCCCCCACACCAAGCCCGAUAUAGAACUGAUCGAUCGAUCGAUCCAGAGGGGUAGAGAGAGAGAGUGUGUGUGUGAUACAAUGGCCGCCACAGCUGCCUUCUCCACGCCGAAUUCCAGCCCUCGUCUUCCUCUCUUCUCCUACCGGACCACCACCAGCUUUCCUCCCUUCUCAAUCACCAUCCGCAGUUCUAUCGCCGACCGCCCGUCCACCCUCUCCGCCAACGCACCGCCGGCCGACCUCCCCCUCCGUAAAAUCCCCGGCGAUUACGGCUUCCCCUUACUCGGCUCUAUCAAAGAUCGCUUUGCCUACUUCUACACUGAAGGCUGCGAUGCCUUUUUCCGCUCCCGCAUCAGACGCUACAACUCCACCGUCUUCCGCGUCAAUAUGCCUCCCGGCCCCCCUAUCUCCGCCGACCCCCGCGUGAUUGCUCUCCUCGACGCCGUCUCCUUCCCAAUCCUCUUCGAUACCUCCGCUGUCGAGAAGCGCGACCUCUUCACCGGCACCUUCAUGCCCUCCACCGACCUCACUGGCGGCUACCGCGUCCUCUCGUACCUUGAUCCCUCCGAACCCCUUCACGCCCCGCUCAAGAAGCUCCUCUUCUUCCUCCUAUCGCAUCGUCGCCGGUCUCUCAUCCCCGAGUUCCGCCGCGCUUUUGGGUCUCUAUUCUCAUCUCUCGAAUCCGAUUUAUCAAAACAAGGGAAAGUAGAUUUUGGCCCGGGGAAUGAUCGCGCCUGCUUCGAUUUCCUCUCUCGUGCGCUUCUCGGGCGUGAUCCGGCGGAUUCACCGCUCGGAUCUGAUGCGCCAGGAAUCAUCACAAAAUGGGUUUUGUUCCAGAUCGGUCCGUUGCUCACCAUCGGCCUUCCGAGGUUUAUCGAGGACGCUACUCUCCACUCCUUUCGCCUCCCGCCAGCGCUCAUCCGCGCCGACUACGACCGCCUAGCCGAUUUCUUCCGCGAAUCCGCCGGUCCAGUGCUGGACGAGGCCAAUCGGCUCGGGAUCUCGCGCGAGGAAGCCGUUCACAACCUUGUCUUCUCCAUCUGCUUCAACUCCUUCGGUGGCAUGAAGAUCCUCUUCCCCAACAUCGUCAAAUGGCUCGGCCGCGCCGGCGGGCGUCUCCACUCCCGCCUCGCAGCUGAGGUUCGCGCCGCCGUGCGUUCAAAUGCCGGCCAAAUCGGGAUGCGGGUGAUCGAAGAAGAAAUGCCACUCGUAAAAUCCGUCGUCUACGAAGCUCUCAGAAUCGAACCGCCCGUUUCAAUGCAGUACGGGAAGGCGAAAAGGGAUCUAUUGAUUCGGAGCCAUGAUGCUGCGUUUGAGGUGAAGACGGGGGAAGUUUUGUUUGGUUACCAGCCGUUUGCGACAAAGGAUCCUAGGGUUUUUGAUCGAGCAGAAGAGUUCGUCGGAGAUAGGUUUGUCGGAGAGGAAGGUGAGCGGCUGCUGAGGCAUGUGGUGUGGUCAAACGGGCCGGAGACGGAAGGGCCGACGGUGGAGAAUAAGCAGUGCGCCGGUAAGGAUUUCGUCGUGUUGGUGGCGAGAUUGCUCGUUAUAGAAUUGUUUUUAAGGUAUGAUUCCUUUGAGAUUGAGGUUGGCUCGUCCGCAUUGGGCUCGUCGGUGAAGCUGACGUCGUUGAAGAGGGCGAGCUUUUGAAAGGGGGAAGAGCAAAAUGUUAAUUUAAGAUGCUUAUCGCUUAUAAGUUCAGAUGUAACUAUAAUAUUAAUAAAUAGUUUUGGAUUGUAAUGGCCUAUUGAGAUAGAGUUAAAUUUCAAAAUAGUCCCGCCACUA